UUUUGUCAUUGACAAUUGAGUACAUUUCUGAAUGUAAACAAAAAAGUUUUAUGACUAUACUUCUUCCGGCACAAAAUCUUGUGUUUAUCAUUAAUCGCAGUGUUGAUUUUAUAAUAAGUUAUUUUUUGUAUUAGCUUACUCAUAAAAAUGCACAAUGCAAUAUUAGACUCGGAUAGCGAAGAUGAGCUACCUCUAGGUUGGGUUGAGAGAUCUACUGAAGAUGGAAACGUUUAUUUUGUUAACACUUCUAAUAAUAGAACUCAGUGGACCCAUCCACGGACGGGUCAAAAAAAAGUCAUACCCAAGGAUUUGCCCUUUGGUUGGACGAAAACUAUGGAUGCUAAUGAGAAACCACUGUAUGUCCACCUGGAAACUGGAAAUAAAACGUACGUGGAUCCAAGGCUAGCAUUUGCGACGACGGAAAAAAAACAUGUGCACGAUUUUCGUCAAAGAUUUGAUGGGUCAACCACAGCUUUUCAAGUUUUACAUGGUGUAGAUUUGUCUGGUAAAUAUGCUGUAAUAACUGGGUGCAAUGCUGGCAUAGGUUAUGAAACAGCCAAAUCCCUGGCAAGACAUGGCUGUAAUAUAUUAUUGGCUAAUCGCAACAUGGAAGCUACACAGGUGGCAAUUGAAAAAAUUGUUAAAGAAACAAAUGCAUCAGAUGAGAAUUUGAAAGCAAUACAUUUAGAUUUGAGCUCAUUGAAAAGUGUGAAACAAUGUGCUAGGGCUGUCAAAACUGUUUUUUCUGACCACAUUGAUAUUUUAAUACUAAACGCUGGCGUGUUUGGUCUUCCAUAUGAAGAGACAGAGGACAAGCUCGACAGGACAUUCCAAGUCAAUCACCUCUCUCACAUGUAUUUUACGCUAUUGCUGGAGCCAUUGCUAAAGAAUGGAUCCAGAGUUGUGUUUGUAUCUUCAGAGUCGCACAGGACAGCAAGUUUAACAAAUGUAUUUGUAAAGCAGAAUUUGGCACAUCCGAAAGAUAAUUACAGUGCAAUGAUAGCUUAUGGCAAUUCAAAACUUUACAAUGUUAUAACUGCUAUGGUAUUAAGUGAAGAAUGGAAGCACAAGGGCAUCUGCGUUAACUCUUUACAUCCCGGCAACAUGGUGUCAACAAAUUUACAAAACAGUUGGUGGGUGUACAAACUGCUUUUCUUUGUGGCACGCCCAUUUACCAAGUCUCUGCAACAAGCUGCUGCAACUACAGUGUAUGUGGCCACAGCCGCUGAACUAGAGGGGGUAACAGGGCUGUACUUCAACAAUUGCUUCUAUUGUGAACCAGCCAGCUUGGCUAGAGACAAGGAAAUAGCUCACGAAGUCUUCUCCAUAUCUCUCCGAAUGAUAAAAGAGAGAAUGGGCACAGAACUGAUUGAACCAUUCAUUGAUAAAUACUGAAUCAAGAAAGAAGAUAAUGAAUAACAUAAAUUAACUGUAAACCACCGCGACAUGUAUGUGUCCAAUAUAAGGAAUACCUUGGUUAUAUUAAAAAUGAGUUCAAGGAAAUUCACUUGCUAGCGAAAAAAAAAUUAUAUUGAUGAAACAAAUCCCGCAAGAACCACGGAUUUCCGGGAUAGUGACUAACAAGUAUCUAAAUGGCUAAAUAUGUUUGUCAAUAGACAAUAGCCUACCUCUAUCUACCAGUAAAACUCCCAUUAAAGGUUUUUUUUUGUUUCAAUAUGUAUUUGCAAUUCAUUUAGCCAGUCAUCAAAUAAUCAUUUUUAUAACACAUUUGCUCGUCAAGUAUCGCUUAUUUUAUUUCACCAAUUUCAAUAUCGUAAUGUAUCACAUUACGCACAUGUGCCGUAAUCUAUACUAAUAUUUCAAAAAUUUCAAAAAGCUUAUUUGUGUUUUAGCACUAUGUAAAUACCAUAACUAUACAUAUAAGAACGGGAGAAGACACAGUUAUUUUGAAAUCAUUGACAUACACUUUGAUUUUACUUAUAUGUAUGAAACGUAUUUUAACUUAAAAGAUUUUAAGAAAAUAAAAGUUUGUGAAAGUGGUAAAAACAAUAAUGCUGUGAUAAAAUGUUAUAAACAAAUAAUAUUAUAUAACCUACAUGCAUUUUUAAUUUGCAGAUAAAUCUUAAAUUGUACCCAGAAGUGUAAUUUUUUCAUGUAAAUAAAAUAUUUCUUUAAAUAUGUACUUUAUUUAGAUAAAAAAAUUAUUUAGAUAAAUAUUAAUAGAAAUAUUGUUUUGUUAUUAUUAUUACAUUGUUUUGUAUAAACGAUUCUUCGACCUUAAUAAAACCGAUUUCUCUUAAA